AUGUGACUUCAUCUUUUCUCAGUGAACACGGGCGGGGUUCGAGUCCCAUCAUUGAAAAACCAUAUGAUUCAAAACAAUGAUUUCCUGAAAACUUACUUCUCUGAGUCUUAUCUCCCCCCUCAUCAACGUAUAAAAUGAUAUUAUCGAAUACUACGCUUUCUCAUUGUAUAUCCAGCCAUGAUGCUGAUGGUUAUCUCAGUGCUUGACAAUAGAUCAAAUGACGAAGCCUACACUGACUGUUUAUAUAGAGAUCAGUGCUCUUCCUAUUGCCAAGCAGAUGUUUUUCCUGAUACAACUUGCAAAAACAUGCCUAAUGUUAGUCUAAAAUACAAUGGCAAUACUUACAAAAAAUUAUAUAAAUAUCCAGCUAUAAAUACAGACGAAUACAGGCACUGCAAAGACCGCCUUGACAACAAUCCAGACUAUCCAUGGUCUGACAGUGAUCACAGACAAUGAAGAGUCCAUACUUGUUUCAGAUCAUGCAGAUAUCCAGGAGAAGUUGAUGAUAAUUUCGACGAGGACACCAGAGAGGAGUGCGCAAAAUCAACUGACAGUUUUGGUCAUGAUUAUUAUGAAUUUGAUUUGUGGUGCGUCGAUCCUGAUGACUCAUGCGAAAAACCUGAAUGGUGGGAUGAAACCUGUUCUGGCGGGGAUUUAUGCUUAAGCUUCGCUGUGAUAUGAUUCGGCAUUUUGAUCGCCAAUUUUGGGCAAGUUCUUAUUGAAUGUUCUCUUUACUAUACAUUGAAUAUUACCUAUAAGCCGACAGAAAUUGAAAGAAAAAUGAAUCCAGUAAAAAAUGAACAAAGGUUCACUUUAGAAGAAGAGCCUCCUUGUGAUAAAGUCCUUAAAAAAUGCUUCAGUGAGCUUAUUAUUGCAUUUUCUUCAAUCGUCGUGGUGCUUGCUCUAAUUGUGUCAAUGAUAGCUGAGUAUCAAUAUGGAAGGCCAGCAACUGUAUGGGUGGAAUGGGUAAUUGCUAUGGCGAUCGAUCAGGCCAAAUCUUUGCUUAUCCAGCCUUUCUUGUGGUGGUUUAUAGUAAGACGAUGUGGAAGAAUCCCGCCUUCUUUUGGUGUUUGGAAGGAUGAGCAAGUUAUGCCAGGUAUCACUGAUGAAAGCUACUUAAACGAAUUACGAGGGAUUGUUGCGAGGUUUCUAGAAACAAAACCAGCUGCUUUUUUUAUGAUUGGCAUUGUAUUUUUUUAUGCUAUUUUCAUAUUAUGCAGCCUUUCACUCGACACUUAUUAUUCUGGCAACCAAGGUGCCCAAGAUUUCUUUGACUAUGUCGACAAGAUUUUGAUUACUUAUUUCAUGGCAGAAAUUGUAGUCAGGUAUGUUGGCUCCGGAAUCAUCUAUUUUCUUAACCUUUGAAAUUUCAUUGAUUUUGCUGUGGUUCUUGUAUCAUUUGUGUUUAUGUGGAUGGGACAAUCAAUCACUGGAAUUGCUGUCUUGAGGCUUCUAAGACUUAUCAGAGUUAUUAUUGUGAUGCGAAGAGUAAGCGAAAGCAAGAAAAGACUGCUGAAAUUGAGAAACCAAAACCAGAGUGUCAGCUCCAAUGUCGCGAGAGCUAUGGAUUUACUUGAAGAAAUUAUUAAUGAAAAAUCAUUGACAAGAGCUACUAACUCCCCCUCCGUGAGCGAAUAAAACCAUCGGAAAAUCUAUAUUUUUGGUUAAAAAAAACCUUCGUGAGCGAACAAAAUUUUUUUAUGAAACAAAAUUUGAUAUAUAAAUGAUAAUUAUUAUAAUAAAAUCUCUAGUUAAUUCUUUUAAUUUUAGACUGCUUGCAUUUUAAAACAUAAAUUUACAAAUUAAAUUUAUAUUUGCUUUAGAAUUGGGAAUUUUUUGAAAAAAAAUUAACCCCUCCGCGAACGAACAAAACUUUUUUCUUUGUUUAAAGUAGGGGGGGGUAAGCAAGAUGUGGCUUGGGUACUUGAGCAUGUGAAAUCGAGAAAAUUAUAUACGAGCUCAAUCAAUCAAAAUCAAGUUGAUGAGUCAUCAGCAGAAGUUAAAGCUUGGAAAAACUUUAUUAUAAAUGAUUAUGAAGAUUUCCAAGGAUCACACAUAGUGCAAGGCCAAAAAAAUCUUGGGGACAAAAUAUUAAAAAGAUCUCGACAAAGCUCAGUCGACGCAAAAAUGUUUGAAACCCAAAAAUAUGUAGAAAAGGUCAACGGGGUAUUCACGAGUCCAUCUAUGGAUAGGGAGCCUUUGGAGCCUGAAAAGCUAACUGAAAUUGAUGAGACUUUGGAAAAGAUAAAUGAUUGGAAUUGGGAUUUAAUGAAAUUUGCGUCUGUGACUGGAGAACUUUGUUUCCCCAUCCUUUGUCUAAAGCUUUUCUUGAAGUAUGAUGUAUAUAAAUCCUUUGAUGACAUUAACCAUGACAAAUGGCUAAAUUAUUUAUCAGCUUUGUACAUGGGCUAUACUUUCCAAAACCCUUACCAUAGGCCUGAACACAUUUUGGAUACUGUGCAUGCUACUCAUUAUUUUUAUAAAACCGCUGGAUUUGAAACUUUAUUAACCACUCAAGAUAUCGUCAUUGGCUUUGUUGCAGCUUUUAUCCAUGACUAUGAGCAUCCUGGGCUCACUAAUCAAUUUUUAAUUAGGACGAAGCACCCAAAGGCAAUUAGAUAUUCUGAUAUGUCUCCUUUAGAGGAGCAUCACGUAGCAGCAGCCUUUAAACUUAUGCACAGCGAUAACGAGUUUGACAUUUUCGACUUUGUUGUCGACGAGGCUAGUAAGAGACUUAUCAGAAAAAUGAUCAUUUACAUGGUAAUCCAUACUGAUUUAACUUAUCAUUUUGAAAUGGUCAAUGGAAUUCAGGCCAAAAUUUUAAGUGAUCAAUUUCCUAAAGACACUGUUGAAGACAGGCUAGAUAUCAUGACGUUUGCACUUCACUGCGCAGAUAUUUGUAAGCCUGCAAGAUCAUGGUUUAUUUAUAGAAUGUGGAUUGAUAAUAUGAUGGAGGAAUUUUUCUUGCAAGGAAAGAUGGAAAAAGAAUUGGGAAUCCCUGUCAGUGCUUUUAUGGAUGAAGAAAGCACGAAUAAAGAAAGAGUACAGUUGACGUAUAUUGAUUAUAUUGUUAAAGAAAGUCUAGACAUCUUAAACAUUAUUAGUCCGUCCCCAGAUUAUGAAAAUGUAAUUCAAAGGGAUUUAAUUGAAAGCUUGAAUCUAAACAGAAGAAACUUGCAGAAAAAGAUUGAUGGAGAGGUUAAAUUCUAG